CUUAUACGUAUUAUUUUAAUUUUUCUGUGCAUCUAUUACGUGAAUUUUACUCUCAUCGUCAAUUUAUUAUUAAUUUCCAGUGCAAUAAUUACUUUUUCACAUUUUAUUAAUAACUGAUAAAGAAAGUUUUAACUAUUAGUUAAUUAAGUGAUCUCAUAUAAAUCUCCCGCCAACAACGGCCAUUACUGUACCAGUAGAUAUUGUACUUAACGCUUUUUGAAAAUAGUUUUAAAUCAAAACGAAAGCGUUUACGAGUUUAAUAAAUAUACCUUUUUCAUUAUUGUGAAAGCAAUGCCAAAAAGACGUAAAGGGGUCAAUUUGAGUCGUAGAACAACCAAUUCAACAGUCAUGCGAGAUAUACGAGCACGAAGGUCUGGCGAACAAAUCCAACAAAAUAAUACAGAUGUGUGUGCAAGCAUGGCGCAGUUACGUGAAUCACUAUCGCAAGAGGCGCGAGAUGAACGAAAUCAACAAAGACAAUUAGAACGAAGAGAAACGCGCAGAUUCAUAGUAAACAGACGUAGAGGCAUUAACCAACAACGCCAACGAGUUCUUCGAGCAUUUACAUCAGAUUCAUUUCUUCGACUAGCAUUCCAAUAUGAGUCUGAUGUUGAAUAUUACGCCCAUUCCAAAGUGGUUAUUGGUUCUUUGGACAAGGACUGCCCGCAUUGUCAUGCACUUAAAUUUAAAAAUGAGCCAGUUGGGAUGUGUUGCUCAUCAGGAAAAGUACAACUAACCGAAACUGAAACACCACCUGAACCAUUACACGGUUUACUUAUCGGUACAGAUCCAGAUUCUAGCCUUUUCCUAAAGGCAAUUCGCACAUUCAAUUCAUGUUUUCAAAUGACGUCGUUUGGAGCAACAGAAAUAGUUAACAAUAUUGCUGCAAACGGUCAACAAUUUAAUUCCACGUUCAAAAUCAAAGGCCAAAUUUAUCACAAAGUGGGCUCAUUGCUGCCAAUGCCAAACGAAUCUCAUAAAUUUUUCUUUAUGGGUGGCGAAGACUCCGAACGUGCACUCGCCAAUCGCGUGGAUGCACGUUGCGAUUACCUCAAUCUCAAUUCACCUUUUGUUUUUAUGGCGGUACGAAGUCAGCUAGUAUACAUAUAA